AUGCCGGCUGUCACCAAGUACAACCUGGUGGACGACGCGCGCGAUCUGAGGCUCCCCAUGCACAACGAGGAGGUGUUUAAGCAUGGGGUCUGCUUCGAGGCAAAGUACAUCGGCAGUCUGGAGGUGGGACGCCCGGGCAGUCGACUGGAGAUUGUUGCUGCGAUGAGGAGAAUCAGAUAUGAAUUCAAGCUGAAAAACAUAAAGAAGAAGAAGGUGAACAUUCUUGUUUCCACCAAUUAUGUCAAAGUGUUCCUGCGCAAGAAAAAGAAGAGAAAAGAAUGGUCAUCUGAUGAGAACUCCAUCCUGGUGACACAAGAUCCCAUCCACAGGAUAUUUUAUGUCUCACAUGAUGCUCAAGACCUAAAGAUUUUCAGCUACAUAGCAAGAGAGGGAGAGAGCAACGUUUUUCGCUGCAAUGUGUUCAAGUCUAAGAGGAAGUCUCAGGCUAUGAGGAUUGUGCGGACGGUGGGCCAGGCGUUUGACGUGUGCCACCAGCUGACCCUGCAGGAGAAAUGUGACGCACAAGAGGAUGAGGAGGAGGAGAAGUCAGAGGAGCCAGAGGAAGCAGCAGCAGCAAAGAAGAGGGUGGCGUUGUUGGAGGAGACCGAUGUUGAAGCCACCACAGAGGAGAGCAUCGAGUGCGUCUCCUCAGACCUGGAAAAGAACAAGAAGGACGAGGCUCUUGGAGGGAAGGUGUACAAUGAGGAGCCUCUUCUGCAGAGCUCCUCCAUGCUGGGAGCCUCUGCAUUGGGUCAGUCUGCAGCAGAGGCCUCCGGCUCUGCAGAGCAUCAGGUCCAGCUCCUGCAGAAACAGCUGCAACAGCAGGAACAGCAAGCGCUGGCAGCUUCAGCUCAGGUUCACGUGCUCCAGGAGCAGCUGUCGGUGGAGUUGUGUGCUCGGACCGAAGCCCAGGCUCGAGUCCAGAGACUGCUGCAGCAGAACACCGACCUGCUGCAGCACAUUUCACUCCUGGUCAAACAGAUUCAGGAGCUGGAGCUCAAAUCUGCUGGCCACAUAACUUCAAUGGGCUCCCAGGACAGUCUUCUGGAAAUAACGUUCCGUGCCAGGCCCUCCAGCGGGCCCUGUGCACCCCUCACUCCACCAGCUACUGGCCCGUUAGCUGUUCAGUCCCAGCUCCAGAGCAGUGACAGUGCCUGGUUCUCUGCUCUGCCAGGGCCCUGUUCUCCGGGCAUCGACACAUUUCCUCUGGGGCCCAGCAGCACUGGAGUUCGGCUCGAGUGCUUUCGUUUUUCCACGCUCGGGGUGGACAACCAAGCGCCAGGUCAGGACACAGGAGAGACGCCCAGUGAUGAGAGCUCGCUGUUGGGGGAGCAGGUCCUGGGAGCCCUGGAGUUACUUCGCUUUAGGGAGUCUGGGAUUGGAUCGGAGUACGAAUCAAACACAGAUGAGAGCGAUGACCGUGACAGCUGGGGGCAGGGGGAAGGAGCCGGGGCCGAGGCUGCAGCACGACUCCUAAAUGUACUGAACACAGAGAGCCUGCCGGACUGCUUAGGUGAUGAGAUGGCUGUUUAGUGGGGCUCUGAAAGCAGCUCAGCGUCACUUUACACUUAUGCACCACC